AUGCCUAUAUUCUACUUUUGCGUGUUUUAUUUUAAUACGUUUAUGGUUGUGUACCAUGGAUCUAAAUGGAUUGGAUUGGACACUACUCCCUUCUGGCUUGCUUUAUUAAUCAGCCUUGGUGUUGCUUCAUUGGCUUCCAUGAGUUUUCAAUUUAUAUUUCGGCCAUUUAUCUUGAAGUGGGUACGACGAGGAGAUUCUUCUGAAGAAAAGAAUGGGGGUCUAAGACGCUUCUGGUUUUUGCCUAAUAGAACGCGUAGGGAUGACCCGAAGACUCUACGCUUGUUUAGCGCCAUUCAAGUUUUUACUGGGUGCUUUACUGGAUUUUCGCAUGGAUCUAAAGAUAUUCCUAAUACUAUUGCUCCUUUGGCCACUCUCAUUGCCGUAUUCUCUACAGCUAAAGUUCCUUCACCCGGCGAGACCCCUUUAUGGAUUCUUUGUUAUGGUUCUUUUGCCGCCUGUAUCGGAUUUUGGAUGUUAGGUCAUCGUGUGAUAAAAACUGUUGGGAAAGAAUUUACAGAAAUUAAUUCUUUUUGCGGGUUUACUGUCGAAUUGGGUGCCGCAAUAACUGUUUUGUGUGCAGCAAAGAUUGGCAUUCCUGUAUCAAUGACUAUUUGUAUUGUUGGCAGUAUAGUCGCUGUAGGAGCUGUCCGCGGAUCUGUCCCUGUUAACUGGCAACUUUUUCGAAAAGCUUUUUUGGCUUGGAUAUGUACAUUCCCGUUAUCUGGAGUAUUUUCUGGUUGUAUUAUGUUUGGAUUAAAAUAUUUUUUUCUUUCGAAAUAA